GUGGGGCCAGUGGGUGCUGACGAUGCGUGUAGACGUCCUGGAGUCACGUACCUCUGUUCUUCCCAUCUUCCCUGAAGUUCAGCGCGCGUGCAUUAGCAGCACCAUCGCGCACUUAGACUCGUUUGCGAUCCCUACCUACGACGAGGACCGGCUGCGAGAGUGGCUACGCGUAGCCACACAGUGUCGGUCGCUGCUCGAAAGUCUCUGUCUACUGGCGCAGAACGUCUGGCUGCAUGCAACUGCGACAAACAAGCAGCCCCACUGGCCACACUUCGCUUUUGGUGAAGACGAUCCCUACCGGAUACCGAGAGUUGAGGAGUUAGAAAGAUCAUGAUACUUUCUUCUAUUUUCGUUUUCGGUUACGUACAUUACUUCAGGGUGCAGUUUGAUUGGAUUUGGAGAUGGUAUGGUGUUGUACACCAACACCAGACACAGCCGCAAUCACAGAAAGCAUGUUGAUAGUACCAAACAAGAUUCGUAUCUAAUUUGUUUUUAGGUUUAGCUUCGUUUUUGCUUUAAUGAGAUGUUACUACAUGAAUAUCAAACUAUGCGGGGGGAAUUUUUACUUCUAGAUGGACGUAAUCUGAGAUUUGAUAACUCGCGGGUGCGCUGCAAUUGUGAUGGUUUUUCCGCUGUCUGCUUCAUUGAGUUUAUUUAGCACGUGGGAGGGAUGAAUGUCGCAGAAAUCGCACGCACAACGUCACUCUACUUGUGCGUUGUGUGCUACUGCUUGAGUUUGUGAUAAAGUGGGAUGUUAAUACGACCCGCCAAAAUGUACUAUCUAUUGCGCCUGUGCCGAGUCAGCCAUUUCUCGAAAGGAUCCUGCAUAUCCAACGGCAGUGUUCCUUCUUGUAGUCCAUUUUCCACUCGGUUAAGUACCACUUUCACUACCAGCGGUUGCUAGAACAAGAACAAGAAAGAUGUUCAAUCAAAUCGGUGGUUUCGGCGACCUCGGGGUCGGAGGAGACGGGUUUUCCGGUCAGUUUGGCAAUGCGAGUUUUGGCGAUGGGGGCGGACAAGGCUUUAUUGUAGCUCCUGCGACACCGUCUCAACCCAACGAGAACACGGGUAUGUUAUAACGAGAGCAAAACAUGAUUGGAAACAAGAAGAUCAAGAUUACUCUCAUAGACGGCAUGGAGGAGCUACUGAUGCAAUCCAGAUGUCACGACGACUCAAGAACCCAUAGAUAUUCUAGGUAUAGAUCUGCCAUCAUUUUCUACUCACAGAUAUCAGCACCAGGUACGGCAGGUGGCGCGGCUGCGGCCGGUGCUGGUGGCGGCGGGCAGAGAGGAGGAGCAGGCGGCUCACCGACUUACACGCCAAUAACGAUCUAUCAAAGAAAUACACAGAAUGCUGAAGCGAUGCGCGAGACAGGCGGUGGCGCCAAACCGCAGCUCUACGGAAUUGACGUGCGAAGCAUCGGAAUAUCUGGACAGGUGACGGAAAUCAUCAGCGAUGGCUACGACUCCAAGUCCAACGACGUACUAACAUUAAGUACAAUGUUUAUGACUUUCUUGUUGUUGCGGUGA